AUGACGUGCUGCCUCCUCAUUUUUAUCGUGUGCCUCCUCGCGCUCCGACUUGGCUAUUCAGAAAAGCUCCCCCACGACGGAAGGAAUGAAAGACUGCUCAUGGGUAGUGCUAUACUGAGCAAGAGCUUGAGAAAAAAAGCGGAUCUCCAUAAGCACAUAUUGAAAAAUAGAUACACACACAAAUGUGUAAAUAAAAAGCGAACACACAUAAAGGCGACGCUAUUUUUACACGCACAACAUGGAUUGCAGAAGAGCAACGUCCGUUUCUCCAAUCUGUACGUUCGUGGGAACACAAACGUGAAACCCAAAACGAACAAGUCAAUUGCGAAGCGCUUUAAAAUAACAAAAAAUGGAAAGGUGAUACGAAAAAAAGCGGGGAGGAAUCAUAUGCUGAGGAAGAAAACAUCAUCCAAUAAAGCGUCCCUUCGGAAGACGACUACCAUCGCUUCCAACCGCAUUGCGAAAAAGUACAAGAGCGCCAUCCAUACGUAG